AGCCAGUGCCGUGCGGUGCAAAAGAGGUGUGAAUAGAAUUGUGUAUGUGUAUUAGUGUGCUUAUCGUGACGUUUUUUGUCUGAGACAGCGGUUGCGGAUUCGGUACGUGAUGCCGGCGGCGCACCUGACGCUGCGCGAGGAGGACGUGGUGCGUCUGACCCUUGAAUUUCUUCACAGCCGGGACCUUCAUAUAUCUCAAUUGUCACUGGAACGUGAAACGGGAGUUAUAAAUGGUCAAUAUAGUGACGAUGUGCUAUUCUUACGGCAAUUAAUACUCGACGGACAAUGGGACGAUGUGCUGGAGUUUAUUCAGCCUCUGGAGGCAUUACCAGACUUUGAUAUGCGAAAAUUUACUUAUUCAAUACUACGGCACAAGUAUGUAGAGCUCCUGUGUAUAAAGUCCGAGGCAAAUGUCAUUAGCGGGGCAAAUGGGAGCAGUGUUGACAAUGCUGUCGAGGAAGUUGUUAAAGUAUUGAGCGACCUUGAGAAAGUUGCGCCUUCUAAAGAAGAGUACAGCAGUCUUUGUUUACUUCUGACUCUGCCAAGAUUGACUGAUCACUUGCAGUAUAAAGACUGGAACCCGAGCAAUGCAAGAGUCCAAUGUUUCCGGGAGGUUCAUCCACUGGUGGAGAAAUUUUUACCUGGAGAUAGGAAGACUGAUCCCAAUCAUCAUCCCAUCACAUCCGCCAAAAAUGAUCGUUUGAUACAAUUAAUAAUCAAGGGAAUUUUAUACGAGUCCUGUGUUAAUUACUGUCAGGCUAAGGCCACAGGAUCCAAGGAGAGUGAACAGGUGGAAAUGAGUUUUUCGAGAUUACUAGACGGUUCUGUAGGCUUCAGUGAUUCUGAUUUGAGCCUCCUCUCCUGGCUCCAAAGUAUUCCGCCUGACACAUUUGCCGUACCAUUUGCACAGCGAACCCUCAAUGUUGAUGUUGAGAGAUUAGAAAGACCCUCGCUCGAGACAUCAUGGACGGAGCACAUGCUCAUAACACCGAUAAAACCAAAGACCUUUCCACACAGUGCAAUGCCGUUUACCCGGCCCAGAUCCGCCGCGGAUAUGAUGUCUAGGAGUUUGGUACCCGCCCUUGAAGGGCUCAGGUCGAGGAGUCCUGGACCCAAAAAUGCCACUCUCCCGUCGGCCGCUCUCAUGGCGUUAUCCACUGGUGAUAUAAAUCCCAUGUCUCGUUCAUCAUUCGCUAGUUUUCAUUUAACUGGCUUUAAGAAUAAUAAACUCAUGAACACAAGUGUCGAUAGACUCUUUGAGAAUGAAGGGGACGUCUUCCUCAGUUCGAGUUAUGCUGAAUUUCAACAAUUGCCAUCGAUUCAGGAGGCUAUUGCCAAUGCCGCACACUCGAAAUUCCCUUCUACAGCUCGAGGAAAGUCUAAGAGCCCUGAUGGCAAGGUUGAUCCUUCAGCAGCAUCGACACCAGAGCGCCGCGUGCCCGGAAGAGAAUCUCCCGCACCGUCAACCGCUAGAAGUUCAAGGAGAGAUUCUCUAGCUGACAAACCCGUGGGUCUCGCUCAGAAGACUCCGGAAUCCACGGUCAUUUCUAGUCGAGGUCCUAUGACUGGUGAACAACAGCUUGAACAAAGUUACAAUGGCGACUUGUUCAAAGAGUAUCAGAAACAGAAGCAGAAACUUCAAGAGACGAUUCAACUUAAGGAACGUGAGAGGGAUGAACUUGUGCGACAGUUAUCCGCACCAAUAUCUGCCCAAUUGGUUGACAACAGAUUGCAAAACGAAACUCACAAAUCAAAUUUGGCGAGUAAAGGUCCAUCACCUGUCCAUCCAGCUACACCGAAUAGGUCUGGAAUACAAUCUCCAAAACCAGGACUCAACGGUGUGGAUCCAAUUUCGAGACAAAACUCAACUGCAACUAGUGUUUACGAAUCGAGACUCCAUGAUGAUCACUACGACACUGUGAAUUCAGGCAAGCCUGAGCCGAAGCCAGAUGUAGAUGUAACGAAUGGCAGCAGCGGAAGUAAUGGGAGACCUCGAUUCGUUCCUGUAACAGCACUGGAGGAUGUUCAAGCAGUCAGGUGUGCAGAAUUUCAUCCACAUGGAAAAUUAUAUGCCGUUGGAUCAAACUCGAAAACUCUGAGAAUAUGUGCCUACCCGAAACUUCAUGAUGUUCGGGAGGAUCAUGAAACUUAUCAACCGACUGUUCUCUUCAAGAGGACGAAACACCACAAAGGAUCGAUUUAUUGCCUUGCUUGGACACCGGACGGUCAACUCAUGGCGACUGGAAGCAAUGAUAAGACAGUUAAACUCAUGCGUUUCAAUGCAGAUACUUCGAAUCUCGAAGGUCAAGAGGUGGAAUUGACAAUGCACGAUGGUACAGUACGUGAUUUAUGCUUCCUAGAAGAUACUUUGAAUAAAUCGAGUUUACUCAUAAGUGGUGGAGCAGGCGAUUGUAAGAUAUACGUAACAGACUGUGCAACUGGAACACCUUUCCAAGCACUCAGUGGACACAGCGGGCACGUAUUGACCCUCUACAAUUGGGGUGGAGCUAUGUUCGUAUCUGGAUCACAGGAUAAAACAGUCAGAUUUUGGGAUCUUCGUACACGGGGCUGCGUCAACAUGGUUACACCGGCGACUGUACCUGGCAGUAGAGUGGGUAGCCCAGUGGCAGCAAUUUGUGUCGAUCCAUCCGGCAGACUUCUUGUUUCUGGCCACGAAGACAGCAGUUGCGUAUUAUUCGAUAUUCGUGGAGGUAGAACUGUUCAAUGCUUCAAACCUCAUGCGGCUGACAUCAGGAGCAUUCGAUUUUCACCAUCUGCGUAUUACUUGUUGACGGCAGGCUAUGACAACAAACUUGUUCUCACUGAUCUUCAACGCGAUUUGACAAUGCCAUUGCCAAGUGUCGUUGUUGCGCAACAUCAGGAUAAAGUCAUUUCGGGACGAUGGCAUCCUACAGAGUUCUCUUUCCUCAGUACAUCAGCAGACAAAACAGCUACGCUUUGGGCAUUACCUCCAAUUUAAAAUUUUUUAAAUACUUGACAGAAUUAUCUAGUUCUGUUUAAUUUAUUUCGCACAAUCAACCAUGACCAACAAUUCUUUAUUCUUUUUAUUAUUAUGCUCUUUCAAUACUCUACGUGAUUUAAAAAUUGUUGCUAUUAAUAAUGUCAAUUAUUAUUAAGAUGAAUCCAAAUUCGGUUAUAUCCUUUUCCUUCUUUAACGUAUAACAAAAGACUGGGCUGUCGUAUGCAUAGCAGGAAGUAAAUUAUUGAUUUCGUUUAGAAAUCCGCGGGUUCAUUUCUAGAAUACAAGAGUAUUUGUUUUUUUUUGUUUCCUUGAUUCUAGUUUUAUUGGUUUCGUUAUUCUCGCAGGAUGUGUCCCGAGAAUGGACUCAUUAAAAUAUCCAGAUUGCGAUGUAAAUAAAUUUAAUGAGAUUAGACCCGUUUAUUAAACUUAGAAUUCUUCAUGUACAGUUGUAUUUUGCUCUUUAUCCUAGAGGAGCGUAUACUUGAUUAUUCAUAUGUUCAAUCCGGAGAUUUGUUUAAUUUAUAUUAUCUUGAAUUCGAUUAUCGAAUAAAUGUGUCACCCAACGUAUAAACUAAUUAUUCAUGCCUUUCCGAUCAGUGAGUUAUAGCUAACAUAGAUUGAAAAAACGAUAUAGAAGGAUCAUACAAUCCUAUUAUAGAUUAUGCCAAUAAUGAUUUCUCUGAGAGAAAUGAAAAAUAGCGUCUUUUUUCCGUAGAUGAUGUCAACUGGAGAAAAAAGAGAAACCAUAGAGAAUAAACACAAUCAUCCCUGACACAAGACCCAAUGUAUUGACAUGACAUUUAUUUAUAUGUUCCAUGUAAAAAGAACUGAACAUUUCCGCUUUAAAUAUUGCCUUGCGCCGUAGCUGCUUCUCUAAAUUUUACUCUGUACUCAAAAUAUAGAACAAUAAAUUAUAUACUAUUGGUUUGUACAAAGUCAA